AUGGGCUUCUUCUCGGUGAGCUCCACCAUCUGUCUCGUGCUCCUCGCUGUCGUCACGGCCAUGCCAGAUCGCGACUCCGUGGACCGAGUGCGCCGUGACACCGUCAAGACUGUAGUAAAGUCAGUGAGCGUAAUGAUCCGUAAGUGUACGGCUGACGAGUUGACUGCGGGAUGCACCGAGGCGCCCAACGACUUCGGACCUGACAAAAAGUCGUGCACCUGCACCAAAGGCCCUGUGCGCCGCGACACGGACACCGUCAAGACUGUAGUAAAGACAGUGACCGCCUCGAUCCGUAAGUGUACGGCUGACGAGUUGACUGCGGGAUGCACCGAGGCGCCCAACGACUUCGGACCUGACAAAAAGUCGUGCACCUGCUCCGAAGGCCGUGUGCGACGUGCUCCCGAUGCCGAGGAAGAAGCGAAGACCACUGUCGAGGAACGUGAAUGCACCCACGAGGAGAUGUUCGACAAGCACUGCACCCUUGUCGCUGAUAUCGGGCAGCCACUUCGAUGCAAGUGCCCUGUA